AAAUUAUUUAUAAAUCUUAAUUAAAAAAAUUAAAUUAAUUAAUAAAAAAUUGACAGAUAAUCAGAAAUCGUAAAACUAGCAAAAUAGAUGCCUCCUCGUUCAUUAAAGCAAGCUAUGGAAGAAACUUUCUUAAAGAUUUUUUAAUAAAAAUCAUAAAUAGAAAUACUAAAUUAUAUCAAUGAAUUAUUCACAGCUUAUUAAAAAACGAAAGAUAAAUAUAUAAACCUAAAAAAACAUUUAGAUGCAAUGCAAAAUAAUUUUUUGAUUGGCUAAGAAAACAAGGAAGCGCGUAGUCCUUAUCUAGAAAAACAGAUUAAAUAAUUUGUAUCAUAUCUUGAAAGAAAUAACUUUCUUAAGCAUUUUGAAUUGAUUAUUCAAGAUAAAAUAAAUGUGGAGAAUACCUUUAAUUAAGAGAGUAUAAAGAAAUUUUUUGAAGAAUAGAACUUAGAUCCAACGAUUAUUGAAAAAGCUAAAAAUGCAAUAAAUGAAAAUAAUUUUUCUAAAGAAAGAAUAAUGAAACAAAUGAAGAAAGUUUUAUCUGAUGAAAUCUAUCAGAAAUUUAAGAAUCACAUAAAAGAUUUCAACAAAAGAUAAGAAAAGAAAUAAAAGGCUAUCAACUAUAAAUAAAAGUCUUAAAAUAAAGCAUCAAUUUAUGAUUAAUUAGAUGAUUCUGAUACUCCACCUGAAUAGAGAAAUACGAUUAGUUAUAGUAUUUCAUUAUCUGACUUAUCGAGUGAAUUAGUGUCCUUAAGUGAUUCUUGCAGAAGCAAAUGCUAAAAUUAAUAAAAGUCUUUGAUAAAAAUAAAUCAAACAGUUGAAAAUAGAUAAGUGUCUAUUUAGAUUGAUAACCUUCAUGAUGAAGAUAUGAGUGAUAAUUCAUUAAAUUCCGAUUUUGAGAUAUCAAGCGAUUCAGAAAAUUGGGAAUCUAAUUAAUCAAGUUUUAAAAACACAGAUUAAAAGAAAACUUUACUAAAUAGUCAGAAUGUAAAUCAAUAACAAGGUUAUUAAAAAUAGUUUGAAGAGCAACCCAUUUUGAUUGACAAAGGUAACAAUAGAUUCUUGUUAAAAAAGCAAAAAUAAGAAGAAUCAUAAAAUUAAAUUAGUGAGAUAAAAUAAACUCAUAACUAAAAAGUAGCAGUAAGCUCCUACUCUUUCUAAUAAAACAACUUUCUCCUUGAAAACGAAAUAAGUAAGGUUUAAAAGAAGACGAAAUUAAGUUAAGACUGCCUACUUGAAAAGAGUAAAAACUAGUAAAUUCACUAAAAUAAAUAUUUAAAUUAAUAAAGUUACUCUGGUUUUUUGGAAACACAAUGUAAUCGUAUUAUUUAAUAAUAAUAGCAAUAAUAAUAAAAUAUGAAUAAAUAAGAACUUCUAGAUGAAAGUGAAUCGAUAGAGUAUUCCUAAGAUGAAAAUUAUAGUUUAUCAAAUGAUUCAGAUUCUAAUAAUUUAAGCUUUUAAAAUUUAGUUGAUCUAGAUCAAAAACUAGAUUAUCAUUUUAUGGAAGUCAACUCAAACAUGAAUAUAGAGAAAAAUGAUUUUUAAUAAUUGACAAAAAUCAAAUAAAUGUUAAUCUUGACAUCUCAAUAAAAAUAAAAUAGUAAUAAAGAAAUUAUUAAACAGAUUUAGAAUGUAAAUGACUAACUUAAUUAAUAAAAAAACUUAAUCAAUAAUACUAGGGUUGACUUAUAAAAUUAUAAUAUUUAAAAGUAAUUACCUCUUUCUUAGUAAGCCUUUUAACCAGAUUCAUAUUCAAAAACUAAAUCUGUAUUAAUAGGGAAUGAGAUAUUAGUAAACGCUCCCUAAAUGGAUAAAAAUAAAUAUAUGAAGGUUUAAAAUUAAUUUAAUCAAAUAAAUGAAAACGUGAAUAAAAUGAAUUAAAAUUAAAUAACCUAAGAAUAAAAGACUAUUUUUUAAAACUGUAAAUCUGGAAGUGCUUUAUUUAACACAACUUAAAAUAAGAUCAAUUAAUUUUAUUAAUAAAAUAAUCAAAAAGAUAACUCUGAAUUAAUAUUAAAUUACAAAAAAUAACUUUCUGCAAAUAUUAAUAAAUAACAACAAAUUUGCUAAAAAUAAGGCAGAAGUAUAGAAAAUAAUAAAAGCUAAGAAAGUCCUCAAGAUAAAUAAGCUAAUUUUUAAGAAUAAAGGCUGGAUAGUAAUAGUAGUAGUAAUAAUAGGAGUAGAUGUAGUAGCUUUGAAACUGAACUAGAUACUUCAUUUUGUAAAUAAGAUACAAGUUAAAGUAUCACAAGUAUCUCUCAAGAAGAUUAUAAAAAAAAAGAAUUUAUUUAAGCUGCAUAAGAAUAAUCUAAUUCUGAUGGUAUUGAAAAUUUAUUGAAAAAAGAACCGAAGGAAAUAACAAAAUUAGAAAUAAUAAAAAGUUUAGAAUAAAGUUCUAAAAAAUUUAAUGUACCGAAUUUAAAAUAAAAUAGUAUCUAAGGACUCAAUUAAAUCUUAUAAAAUCUUUAAAGUAGUAAUUUGAUUAAAAAAAAAGAGUGA